AUGCCGACGAGAGGUGUUGGUGAUCUGUCCCAGGUGUAUGGCGACGAUUGGUCAGACAAAGAAGUCUUUCUGCAGGCUACUGGGCUUCACAAGGACUCCAACCCCAGUAAUCCCAGACACGUCCUCAUCUACUGGGUGAACGCCGCUCUUAGCGGUGGCUUUGAAGUCUGGGAUAUCACCCAGCUCGAGACGCACGGGCACUGGCACCAGUACCAUUAUCCCAAUGCGCUCAAAGUCAACACAAAGGAACGCUCACGCAACCAGACAAUAUCCUUGGGGAUAUUCACAUCGGAACAGCGCGAGCAACUGCUUGAACUCGCAGCGGAUGUAGAAUAUGAUCAAGUUACCACCGAAAGCUGCAUCUGGAUGCGUAACCUCCUCGCGAAGAUGGCUGAAGAAAAGCUCAUAUCUCACCAUUUAUUUAAUACCAUCCGAGAGGAUGUGCCUCUCCCUUCUGCAUGA